AUGUCUUUUAGAAAACGAAGUGAAGUGAUAAACCCUGGAGGGACUAUUCCCAAUAGAAUCCCUAGUAUUCCUGGCAGGGCCCCACCACCAGGAGUUCCAAAUGGUGCUAUGAGAGGUAUACCAGGAAGAACCCUCAAUGCAAAACCUAAAGAAGAAGUGGACUUGAAAUCUAAUCCUGGUAUUAGAUCAUCAAUCAUUACUUCCCAACCUACUAUUUCCACCGGAACUUCUGAUUUAGAUAAAUUAUUAGGUCAUCAAGGAUUGCCUUUAGGGAACUCUCUUCUUUUAGAAGAAAGUGGUACCACAGAUUUCUCAUCAAUCUUAGCAAGGGUAUUUGCGUCUCAAGGUAUAAUGCAUAAUAGAAUAGAUAAAUCAUCAAAUUGUCAUGUUAUAGUGAUUGGAUUGAACUCUUCGUGGUCAAAGGAUUUACCAGGGGUUUACAAAGGUUCCAGUAAAGACAAGAAAAAGGCAGCCAUCAAAGAAAAGGAAUCAGCCAUUAGUGUUUCAAAUUUAUCUCAAUCAUCAUCCACUCGUGAUCAGGAUUUAAGAAUUGCUUGGAGAUAUGGAUUGAACAAAAAGAAUGAAGAUGAAGAUUCAAGCGAAGAAGUUAAUGAAAAUUACACUCAUCAAUUUGAUAUCACUGAAAGAUUAAGACCAGUGCCUGAUAAUCAAGAAAUCACUUUCGUUCAAGUUUCUGAAUAUAAGAAGAUGUUAGCACAAAUCAAUGAUAUCGUCAAAUUACACUUAUCAAAGAACCCCAGCAAAACCAUAAGGAUUUUAGUUCCAAAUUUGUUAAGUCCUUCGAUAUAUCCAUCUACUUUUUCAAAAUCAUCUAUCGUUAUUCCUUUCAUCCAUGGUAUGAGAUCUAUUUUAAAAUCCAAUUCUUCCAAUAUAUCACUAGUUUAUUCUAUUCCAACGGAUUUAUACCCUAAGACAUCCAAUUUAAUAUCCAUAAUCGAACAAUUAUCCGAUUCUGUAUUACAAUUGCAUCCAUUCCAUCAAAAAUUAUCAGAAUUAAUUGAAAAAUCUUAUAAGAACGAACCAUCCAAAGUACAACAUGGAUUUUUGAAUAUCGUCAAAUUACCCAUUCUUUCUGAAAGAGGAAUGAUGACCAUCCAUAAUAAUGAAUAUGCCUUCAAAAAUGGCCGUAAACGAUUCGAAAUCGAACCUUGGGGUAUCCCUGUAGAGGUUGAUGAUGAAAAGCCUAAAGAUGAUCAUGAUCAUUCUCAUCAAUCUUCUAAAAAUAUAGAAUUCUAA